AUGUGCUGCGUUGCCAGUGGUGCCUACCUUGCAUUCAUUGCUGCGCCGCUUCGCGCCGCCCAGCGGCAGAGCACUUUGCUGCGCCCGAUAAUCCGUUCUUGCGUGUCGACACUGUUGCUGUUUGCGGGACCCAUUGCGGACGUCUGUCACCUCGGAACCUUCGACAUGCCCGAGAGCCCGUUGCUGCUAUGGCGAAACUAUGUGAUCUGCCCAAUUGGGGAAGAGCUCUUCUACCGCGGCGUUCUCUUCUCUCUUCUGCACCGCCGUUCCUCUCCAGGGCGCAUUUUCGUUUCGGCCUUCCUCUUUUCGCUCUCCCACAUGCACCACCUUGUCUCCAUGGCGUGUGACGCGUACAGAAACUGCGAGGACAAAGACGUGAAUGGUAGCGACCGCGACGAGAAGGAGCAUGCGUGCUGGCGCUCAGCUGGACAGACCAUGUGCGGUAUCUUUGUCUUUACCGCACUAUUCGGACUUCUGAGCGGGUACUAUUAUGAGCAUGUGUGUGAGGGUAGCAUUAUCGCCAUCGCUGCAGCCCACGCCCUGUGCAACGCCAUUGGCCCUCCCGAGUUCACGAUUCUGCGGAGCCGUCAUUGCACUGCACGUGAGAAGGUGUCAAGCGCAGCGGUGUAUGUCGCUGGUAUCGUUGGGUGGGCUUGGACGCUGUUGCGCUACUGA